CGCUCGGUGGAAUGACGCUUUAUUUACAAGUCAUUCGCAUUGUUGCUGUGCUGUAAGUGUCCUGACGUGCAGCCAAGCAUAUGACAUUGCUUAGGAGAGUUUACAGAAGCAUGAAUACUUCACUGUACGACCGAUCUGUCUGAUCUGAUACAAAAAACGAAAAAUGAAAAAAAAAAAAUGGAGCUGCAUUUGGAGCGAUGCCACCUAUGCUGGGAUGUAGGGAGAAACUUUGGGAGGUGAUCACAGCGGCUGUCUUUUACCAACUGCGACAACACUUUCUGAGGCUGAAAACUGCGUUGGAUGCGAUCUCGGGAUCCGAAAAAGACCUGCAUGUAUGAUCCACGUCCAUAAUUUAAAAUUGUCAGAAAGAAAAUAGGCCAAGUACCGACUGGUGAUGAAUUUAUUGCUUAACUGAUAAGUUAUUCAUCUGUCUAGUGGGUCUUCAUAAAUCUGCGUAUAUAGAGGCGUAUAUAGUGUUUUAGGUGUAACUUUGUACAGACAAAGAUGAGCUUGUCACAGUAAACGCUUUGAUUAGAAAGUCUGAUGAAAUUCUAAAUGAGUGGUUCCAUUGCAAUCUGAGGCCCAGAGAGGUAAGGCCAUUUUAAAUCCGACACAUUAUUCACAAACGAGGCCUGUAAGUUUGCAGUGCUGUUCCUUCAUUCAGUGCAAUAGGAAUGACUUACCCAAUUCGCGUGCAUCCACAGCGGUGUUUAUUGGACUCAUCUAUUUAGAAAAACUAACAAUAAAAAGAAAGGGCACAUCAUUUAAAAAAAAAAAACAGCAUAGAGUUGACUUCUCUUCAGCAGAAACACUUAAUGAAAAGAAUACAAGCUUGUACUCAGAGUUUCCUGGGGAGUGGCAAUGAAAUAAUGAGAGAGGUUCACUGCGAGCAGGUGCGGACAAACUUAGUUGAUUUUUUUUUGCAUAGAAAACCAACAGGCCAACCUCACGCUGAACAUCACAGUCAUACACGUUACACGUUUAGACAUUGGUUUAAUCCUCGCGCAGUUGUUAGGUUUUUAAUCACAAUUUAUUCAUUUAUUUUUUAAUCAAAGUGGGAAUUACUGGGGAAUGAAUCACCCUUUGAGGCGCAGAAUAGGUCAUAUUUGAAUGUUUAUGUGUAUAAAAAAUAUAAAAGGUGGGUAAAGAUUAAGAGAACGUUUAAAAGAAGGAGAAAAUUAGUCAAGUGUAUUGUUUCCUCUUAAGGCCCACAUGCUUCUGUCUCCUCACCUGCAGCUCUGAUUUACACUAUUGAUGGACAGAGUAGAAGAGCGACCUAAAUUCUUCUUCAGGGAAUUUUAGAGGGAAUAAUUUUCUUGAACGCGACUUCUCUCUUAGCGUCGUCCGGAUAUUUCAGCGUCCUCCUGCUUCACAUUUUAUUAUUCAUUAUUUGUUUAAAUAAAUUAUAAUUUUUAAUAUUUGUAACUUUUUAAAUUACCCAAUAUUUUUUUCACAGCCCGGAAUUUUCUUUUUUAAACAAUAAGCAUUUGAAAUGAUUACUAUAAACAUACAGAAUGCAUACAGCAUUUUAAAUGUAAAGCAUUUUAAAUUACUGCUUUAAUAUUUAACGCCUGAGAAAUCAAGUAGUAUCUAUAAGUCAAGAUGCAUACAUGUUUAUUUUUAUUUUAUUUUACUUUAUUUUUAAGUUUCUGCGUUGGGUUUGUUUGUAUGACUGGCUUCAGUCAGGCCUAACAGUCUUGUGGAAAGGUAGAGAAGAAAGGUCAACUUUGCGAGGGAAAUUAAUCACGUAUCUCAACGUUUCCAUCAAUGCAGUUGAUAUUUUCUAUUCUAAAUAAAAGUUUGAGGUUCAAUUCUCGGUCUUGUUUGUGAAGUGAAGAACGAAUAGUGCCUAAAAGAUACCCACAGUUAAACAUCUUACCAUUUUCCCUUAUUUGGACUCGGCAGCGACACAUAAACGAGUCUGCAAGAAUGAGCGGCGGGGGAAACAAUUAUGUUUUAAAUUCUGGGCUUUCUGCAGUGUAAUCAUAUAGACGAGGCCUAGGACAGCUGUCUCACAGUCACUGACUGAAUACUAAAUUUUAUUUUCUUGUAAUAAUAGGCCUACUAACUCUUUGUAGUGCGCUUGAAUAAAACUCCGGAAUCACUAUUUGAGCGAUUUUUACAUUUAAAACCUAUUUGCGCUGUUUAUCUUUGGUCGUAAAAAUGAUUUGGAGGCAAUCUAAAGUAGUUUGAAGUAAAUAUGAAAAAGGAAUUAGAAAAGGCGGAAGAAGGGCAGAAGAUUUAUGCUAAAUAAAAAAUACAGAUACCCUAUACAGGCUCAUAGAUGCCUCGAGUGAAAGGUCUUGGCACUCUUUUUUAAAAAACAAAACAAAAAAACAAAAUCGUUUUCCAGGUAAAUCGGAAGUAAGACUAAAAAAAAGGUCCUUCGUGUAAAAAAAAAAAAAAAAAAAAAGUAUCGCCAGCAUUGAUUAUUGUAUUUUAUUUUUUGGGCAGAAUUUAAGUUAAGAUGGGUUUAUUAUUUAUUUAUUUGGGGCUUUAUUACUACUUAUUUUUAUGCUCUAAGAUCGUCAUGGUCUAGUCAGUAAUAAUCUGUGUAGGCCCAGAUGGGCAUGCCUUGAUCUUUUCCCAUUAUCAAUCCAUGCAGUGGCUUUAAUUGAAAUGCGCAAAAUAUUACCAGAGCAAAUGAGCUGAACUAUCAUAGCCCAGGUCUGCCCAUCAAAUUUCACAUUUGCGCAAGUAAAAAAAAUAAAAUGAAAGAAAGAGCUUUGACCCGGAGCAGACAUUGCCGCCGCUGAAUAGCUGAAGAGAAGGAGGCCCGAGUACUAAUGAGGCAGGCCUGCGAGCUGCAGGGGGCUCCGCUGAGACAGCGUUCAGACCUUGCUCGGACACCUGGGUGACACAAUUCUAUCUUAAGGCGUGAAUAAGUGGAUCUCGCGAGAGCUCCGGCUCGCUGUGGCUGUGCAGCAGACAGAGGGAGAAGGCAGGCAGGCAGCAUCAUGGCGGACAGAGACAGUGGAAGUGAGCAGGGAGGAGCAGCUACGGGCCCAGGCUUCGGUUCCAUGCACCUAGCGACAGGAGGGGCGGGCUCGGCCUCCGGGCUCCAGCAUGAGACCCAAGAGCUGGCAUCGAAGAGGGUUGACAUCCAAAACAAACGUUUCUAUUUGGACGUUAAGCAGAACGCGAAAGGCCGCUUCUUAAAGAUAGCAGAAGUCGGGGCCGGUGGAAACAAGAGCCGCCUCACUCUCUCCAUGUCCGUGGCGGUUGAGUUCCGUGACUACUUGGGGGACUUCAUCGAACAUUAUGCCCAGCUGGGUCCGAGCAACCCGGGGAUGGUACAAGACGAGCCCAGGCGAGCCCUCAAAAGCGAGUUCUUGGUCCGAGAAAAUCGGAAAUACUAUAUGGAUCUGAAAGAGAACCAGCGGGGACGGUUUCUGAGGAUUCGACAGACCGUUAACCGGGGGCCCGGUUUGGGAUUCACGCAAGGCCAGACGAUUGCUCUGCCUGCCCAGGGACUUAUUGAGUUUCGUGACGCUUUGGCUAAACUUAUUGACGAUUAUGGUGUAGAGGACGAACCUGCAGAGUUGCCCGAAGGGUCAUCGUUGACUGUGGACAACAAACGGUUUUUCUUCGACGUCGGAUCCAAUAAGUACGGUGUGUUUAUGAGGGUAAGCGAGGUGAAGCCAACGUACCGCAACUCAAUUACAGUGCCCUACAAAGUGUGGUCCAAAUUUGGGAAUACUUUCUGUAAAUAUGCCGAGGAGAUGAAGAAGAUCCAGGAGAAACAGCGGGAGAAAAGGGCAUGCGAGCUGCAGCAACAAGAGGAGAUGCAGCAGGACGAUGGAGACGAGGAUUGAUAUAGACAGCAAACAAAAAAAGAAAAAAAAGAGAGAGAGAGAGAGGAAAAACAUGCCAGAGUAAUGAAAAUAACAAGAGAAUUAUAAUUAAAAAGAAAACACUCUACUGUA